CAUCCACCUGUCUCGGCUGCUGAUGACAGCGAGUGCUCUUCAAUUCAACAAAUGACACAAUCAGUAUCCCACUAAGAUACUAAAACAGAAUAAUUCAAUGUUGCGUAGUGUUGUGAGAAUAAAUUUAAUGGCUUUACUCAUGGAUAAUAUAAACCACGGAGAGUAAAAAAUUGUACCGUUAUCAUUGAGAACACAAACUAUUAGCGUAAGAGAUAACGCUGAUGACACAGUUCGCACUAGUGCAAUGGAAAUCAGUGGGAAAUGAUGUUAGUUUUCGUUUAGGACGUAUGAUCGUCACGGGAUAAUACAAUUUAUUAAAAACUUGUGGGUGAUUUGUCUGAUUGAAAAAAGCCGAGUGAAUAAAAAAAAAAAAUGGACAUGGAAUCCAUGAUGAUGUCGAACGUAUCUUGCGACGGUUGCAUAGACAGUGAUCGCGAUUCCGAUUCUAACAGUAUGAUAGUGGAUCCAGUGAGUCUUGAUCAGAAGGCCUUGUCACCCCGUCCAGUAGGCAAUAUAUCAGUAACAUCUCACCUAAUUGCAUCAGCAACAACAGCUGUUCGUAAUCGCAACAGUAGAAGCAUCAAGAAGACAUACUCGAUGAUGUCGUCAAGUCAGAAGAUGGGACAAUCGUCGUCAUAUCCUUCGGAGAAAGUCACAUCAUCCCAGAUAAAACCACCUUAUUCCUACAUCGCACUGAUAACAAUGGCAAUACUCCAGUCACCCCAGAAGAAGCUAACACUCAGUGGAAUUUGUGAAUUCAUAAUGGCAAGAUUUCCCUAUUACCACGAAAAAUUUCCCGCCUGGCAGAACUCCAUCAGACACAAUUUGUCGUUGAACGAUUGUUUCAUUAAAAUUCCCCGGGAGCCGGGGAAUCCCGGCAAGGGCAAUUACUGGACACUGGAUCCUCUUGCGGAGGACAUGUUCGAUAAUGGGAGUUUCUUGCGGCGGAGGAAGCGGUACAAGAGGCCGCCACCGCACUAUGUCCUACGGGAUAGGGCCAUCAUGGCGACAUUUGCCAUAUGUGGAGAGAGAUCUGGCUGUCCUGGUGGCAAUCAUCCUGGUAGUUUAGGAUAUCCAACGACUUAUCUGACACCACCCCCACGACUUCCACUUUUGGAUUUUCCACCGUCCGCCCUGGAGGCACUGAAAUUGGGGGGCUUUCUCGAACCGCCACCCCCGCUCUACAAACCGGUGCCCAUCUCAGCACCACCUCAACAGAUUCGACAUCUUGUUGGCAGUCCACCGUUGCAUCAGUCGUCCUCAUCACCGAUGGUCACCAUGUCAGCGGUUCAUUCUGGCCGGCAUGCCGUCACUGGAAGUCCUUGCCCGGAAAAAAGGGCUAGUUUCAGCAUUGAUGCACUCAUUGGUAAACAAGCCACUACGGAGCAGGUGAUUGGUGGACUCCUGGAUCUCAGUCCACCGGAGCAUCGGGAGAUCAGGAGUCAAGCGUCUGCCUUUUCACCGCUUGUUUAACCAGGGCUAUGGUCCCAUUAUUUUAUAUCAUCCAGGGAUUUUGCUGUGCGUUAUUUGCACUGCGACGUUGCCCAUUUCACUCUUUACUGUCACUGCGCGUUCACCGAGGUUUUGGCAACGUUGCACGGCCCAAAGGUUUCGUUAACAUUUCUUGGAGAAAUAAUGCUUUUUUUUUCACAUAAUUUUGAUUCAAAUUUCGACAUUACCCCCACACUACGAGGUAUUCAUUGAUAAGAUAAUAAUUAUCUAGUGAAAUAAUCAUUUGUUGCGGCUUUUUUUUUCUAACACCGUGACCAAUGUAGGGUUUGAAUUUCGGUCGAGAUUUGGACAUUUUUUACGUUGGAAAUUUACCGUUAGUGGGAUAUUAUUUCGUGGUUGUGGACUGGAGAUGUGUAGGUGAUAAUAAAUUCCCUGUAAAUAUGUCGGUUCUCAUGUUUAUAUAUAUCCACUUGAACAUUCUUUGAAUUUUCAGUUUGUUUUUUAGUUAAUCCAUCGAUUGUUUUUGGGAUGAAAAAAUGCACUUUGAGAAUUGUAAUUCGGCUUGAUGAUCUUGUAAAUAUUGAAGUAAUUCGGUUUAGAUGAGGUACGAGUUGUGUCCAUUAAAUUGAAAUCAAUAAUGAGGUGAUUUAUUAACAAUUUAUUUAAAGUUUUUUCGUUGUAAUGUAUAUAUGGAAUAAUACGACAUGUAAAUCAUCACUUUCUUCAAGUCAUAAAAAUUGUAUUCCUCAUAGAAAUUUAUUUAAAAUGGCUACCUUAACUGUAAGUAUAACUUAGAGUCUGUUAUUUAUUUUCUAGAUCCAAAAAAUGUCACCAUAUUAGAAUGAAGAUAUUUGUUUUUUUUUUUUUUUAAAGAAAUUAUAUCAUUGGGUACUAUAAACAUGUCGUGGUGGAUUGGAGAGAGGCAACUUAUCGUUAUUUAUUAAGACGUAAAUCAGUAUCGAGUAUGAAUUUAAAACGAGAGAAGAGAGAUCCAACAAUUUCCGCUCUUUGUCUAGUUGUGAUGAGAAUUCUCAAACGAAAAUUUGUAAGAUAUCGUGACAACAACUGUUGAAAAAUAAUAAUUUUUUGACACGUGCAAUAAUUGAUAGAAUAUUGAGAGAGGAAUCAUGAAGUCGACUUGCGCUCGAAUGAGAACGAAAAUUGUGCAUCACAAAUAAUAUCUUGAAAAACCACUGUUGACAAGUGGUUGCAUUACACUUUUUCGCGAUAUGAUAAGAUGAAAUAACAACCGUGAAACCUACUGUUCCGAUUGCAUACACUUGAAUGUAUAGUCUGAGUGAGUGACUAUUGUCUUUAAUUUUAUGAUCCGUCGCGAGACUCAACUAUGAGUUUCU